GCUCUGCUCGUUACUACUAUAAAUUUCCUCACUGUCUAGACCUUUUACUCACUGCAGUUAUUCCAAUUGUUCUCUGUAUUUCUCAUUAGAAAAAAAUGGCAAAACCUUCUGUUGCUUUCUUCGCAUUCCUUCUACUUCUCUUGGUUCUUGCUAUCUCAGAUAUAGCAACCGUGAAGGGAGAAUUAUGUGAGAAAGCCAGCAAGACAUGGUCAGGAAACUGUGGCAACACAAGACACUGCGACGACCAGUGCAAGUCUUGGGAGGGUGCAGCCCAUGGAGCUUGCCACGUGCGUGGAGGGAAACACAUGUGCUUCUGCUACUUCAACUGUUCAAAAGCAGAGAAGAUGGCUCAAGAUAAGCUGAAAGCCAAAGAGCUCACCAAAGACGAGAUUGAAGCCGAGAAACCACCACAUGUUGAGCAUCCAGUUGGACCCAUUCAUCCUUGAAAACCAAGCCUUAUUUAAGUAUGAAUAAAGGAAAACUGCUUCGAUCCUACUUGAUGUAUUAAGCAUUUUCCAUGUUGUAAUUGUAACGUGUGCUUCAUAUGGAAUCAACGGUUUAUGAUUCCAUGCAUGAUAUGAUGAUAUAAUAAUUUUGUUUUUAUA